GGACUCCGGCCCAUGGCUUCUCAGCACGGCGUGUCGCGCGUCGUGGGUGGCACAGAUGCCCAGCCAGGGGCCUGGCCCUGGAUCGUCAGCAUCCAGGAUCCCUGGAAAACAGGCACGGGGCAUACAUGCGGAGGGUCCCUCAUCAGCCCACAGUGGGUCCUCACAGCAGCCCACUGCUUCAUUGAGGCCAGGCACAUCACCAUGUGGCGCGUGGUGGUCGGGGCCACCCGGUUGACUCAGCUGGGCCCUGAGGCCCAAGUGCGCACUAUCAAGCGGCUACUGGUUCACGAGCACUACAGUAACAUCACGCAGAGGAACGACAUCGCCCUGCUGGAACUGGACCAGCCUGUGCAGUGCAGCUACUCCAUCCAGCUUGCCUGUGUGCCCGACGCCUCGCUGAGAGUGUCAGAGCUGACAACCUGCUACGCCAGCGGCUGGGGUUCCACGACUGCAAGAUGUGAGUUCCCAAAAAGAUCAACUGAUGUCCUGCAGGAGGCCAAGGUCCGCCUCAUUGAUGUCAACCUCUGUAACAGCAGCGGGUGGUACAGAGGGGCCAUCCACACCCACAACCUGUGUGCUGGCUACGCGCAGGGUGGCAUCGACACCUGCCAGGGCGACAGCGGUGGUCCUCUCGUCUGCAAAGAUAACAAUGCAGACUACUUCUGGCUCGUUGGAGUCACCAGCUGGGGGAAAGGCUGCGCGAGAGCAAGACGGCCCGGAGUCUACACCUCCACGCAGCACUUUUACGACUGGAUCCUGGCACAGAUGGGACUGCGCCCAGCAGUAUCGGCUACUCCAACGCCACAGCCAGGCUUCACCUCAAGCCCCUUUCAGAGGCCGAGACCGAUACCAACUCAAUUGGGCACGUUUACACCCUGCCCAUUUCCAGUCCAGAGGCUGGUGCAAUUCUUUACUCGGGUGCAGGAGCUCCUGCAGUUCCUAAGGGGGACAAAGGCCUGA